AUGAGCUCCCUAUCGGAUAUAAGUUCAAACAAAACUGUCAUACUGGAUAAUAUACAAAUUUCUAACCUUUUUAAAAUAUUUGAUACUUUCCCCUUUGAGCCAAAAAAUGAAAAUGAAACAUGGUAUAUAGUAAACAAAGACUUCAUAGACAAUUUACGAAAUUAUGAAUCUGGGAAAAAUACAUCCUAUGAUAGCUUGAUAAAUAAUAAAAUAUUUAUAGAAGAUUGUGAUAACGAAGUCAAUACAAGAACUCGACUUUUAAAAGAAUAUGAAAAUGGAAAUGGCAUAAGUUUUAUUUUAUAUCCUGAAAAAGCUAUUGAGAUAUUGGAAAAACAUUUCCAGUUUAAUCUAAAAAUACCAAGAUCAGUUUAUCAACAUAAAACGAAAAGAAAAGAUAAAGUAAUUUUUAAAGUCGAUAUCCAACCACUUAAAGUUGUUGUUUAUUCAAAAGAUACAAAUGAGCACUCAAACCCCCCUCAAAUGAAAAUCGUUAUUUUACGCAACGAUACUAUAGAAAAUGUUCUAAAAGAGAUAAUCAGUGAUUUUGAUCCCAAAAAAUUCAAAAAACAUUUAUUUUAUGCGGAAGAUCCUGGGGAAAACAAAGAAACAAACUGGAAGUGUUUAUACAUAAGUAAUAGCAAUGAUUAUCCUUUGGAUAAAAAAGUCUAUGAAUAUGAUAUAGACCAAAUGAGUUGUUUAUUAAUAACCAAUGAAAGGGCUGAUAUAAAAUGCUUAACAUAUGGUAAUGAAUAUAGUGAAUAUAAUAUGACAAGCAAUAAUAUAUCAGGAAGUGUAGAUGAUGAUAUAAUAAAUAAUUCCAAAUCUAUUAGCUAUAUAUUUGAAAAUGGUGGUGAUAGAGGAUUAAUAAAUUUAGGUAACACAUGUUUUUUAAAUUCAUCAUUACAAUGCUUAUCAAAAAUUUUAAAAUUUACAAAUUAUUUUUUAAGUGGAUCAUUCUGGGAUCAUAUAAAUUAUUGUAAUCCAGUUGGGCAACAUGGACGACUAGCUAAAGCAUAUUAUGAAACAUUAUUAGAAAUGUGGAAAAUAAAUAAAAAAGGAAAACCAUAUGCUCCUAAAGCUUUAAAACAGGCAAUAAGUGAAAAGAGAGAUGAAUUUUAUGGAUAUCAACAACAUGAUUCACAAGAACUUUUAGCAUUUUUAUUAGAUGGUCUUCAUGAAGAUUUAAAUUUAAUUCAGAAAAAGCCAUAUUAUGAAGAAAAAUUACAAGGAGGGCUCGAUAGGCCAGAUAUAGAAGUUGCAGAAGCUUCAUGGAAAAGACAUAAAGAAAUUAAUAAUUCAAUAAUUGUCGAUUUAUUUCAAGGACAAUAUAGAUCAAGAUUACAAUGCCCACAAUGUAACAAACUUAGUAUAACAUUUGAUCCUUUUAUGUAUUUAUCAAUUCCGUUGCCACCUAAAAAGAAUCAUAGGAUAUGGUUCCAUGUUAUGUUAAGUAGAAAUGUUCAAAUGUCUUUGAGAUUUUCCUCUAUUUUUAGUGGUUCCCAAGAAGUGUUAAAAUUAAAAUACAAUUUUAUAAACAUUAUAAAAGAUUUAAAAAAAAAAAGAAACUCUAUACUUUUACAUACAAAAAAUAUCAUAAAAAAUAACAAAUAUUCCCACGAAAAUACGAAUGCUUUUAACUUUCAUACCAAAUUUAUGGAUGAAGCAAGUGAAAGUUAUGAAACAAAUAAUGAAGAAAAUAUUGGGAAUAGUAUGAAUAAUAAAAAUAAUAUUGAUGGAAGUAAUUAUAUGAGAGCCUUAAAAAAUAAAUCAAAAAUCAAAAAUACAUUAAAUGAAGAAGACAUAAACAAUAUAUAUGAAAAUAUUUGUCAUAUGUGUAAUAUUAACACAAUAGGUGAUAUUGAAAUUUCUAAUUUAUUUUUUUUAUAUACGAGAUUUAAAAAUUUAGCAUGCAAUAAUUUUUUUCAAAUAUUAAAUAAUAAUGAUAUUAUAGCUGAACCACAUGCAAGGACAGGGAAAGGUAUUAGUCAUAUAUUUGUUUUUAUAGUUCCUCAAAAUUGGCCACAUCUAAUUGAUAAUAAUAAAAAUGUGAAUAAUUAUAAUGAUGAAAAUGGAAAAAUAAGAGUAUCUGAUAGUUUAACUUCUUCAACAAGUUCAGUUGGAAAAGCAAGAAAUAACAAUUCAAAAGAUGAGGAUAUGUAUAUAAAAAAUGAUUCGCCAAAUAAUGAUGAUAAAAAAUAUAAUCAAAAUAAAUUACAUAAUAAUAAGUUAGGCAAAAAAAGGAAAGGUAGUUUAUCUUCCCCUUCUAAUUCUUUAAGAAAAGGAGACAAAUCACAUUUAGAUACUGAAAUAGGUAAACCAGACGAUUUAGAAAAUUCAAAUGAUACUAUAACUGAAGAUACAAAAAAUGAGCCCUUCAAUAAUGAAAAUAAUAAUGAUAAUAAAUCUAUAUACUUGCUAAUUGUGCCUUUAUGUAAAGAUGAACAAUUAUUAUAUAAAAUGAAAAAUAACGAUUUACCUUUUUUAGUAAAUACUGCAUAUAAUAUUACAACAAAGGAGUUAUAUGAUAAAGUAAAAAUUGCAUACAAAAAAAACUUGAAAUUUGAAAAUAUUAAAAUGAAUCAGAGCCGAAGUAGAUGUAAUAGUAUUAAUAGUGGAUUUUAUGGAAACGGAUAUGGAGAAAAACGAUUAAAAAAUGGAGAUAGUGAAAUAGGGUAUUAUAAUGAAAAUGAAAAUGAAAAUGAAAAUAAUAAUAAAUUAUAUCAUAAAAAUAAAAAUAUAUCUAAUAUAUAUUUUGAUAGUAAUAAAAAAGAUAAUAGCCCCGAUAUUAGUUUGAAUUGUUCUACUAAUAGUACAAAUAUGAAUAUUGAAGAAGGUACAAAUGAUUAUUAUGAAAGUUAUUUAGAUAAGAUACAUUUAUAUAUACCUUCUUAUAAUUUAAAAAAUAAUUGGGAUGCAAAAGAUAAUUUAGGAUUUUUUUUAAAAUGUGAUGAAACAUACUUAUCAGAUUAUAUUCAAAUUUCAGAAAAAAAUAAACUUAUUAUUAUACAUUUAGAUAGUAAUUCAAUAAAAGAAGAACUAUCUUUUGAUAUUAAAACAUUAACAUUAAUGGAUUUAGAAGAAAAAUAUAGUGUCGAUACAUGUUUAAAAUUAUUUUCAGAAGAAGAGCAUUUAGAUGAAGAUAAUACAUGGUAUUGUAGUAAUUGUAAAUUACAUGUACAAGCAUAUAAAAAGUUAGAUUUAUUUCGCAUGCCAAUUGUAUUAAUAUUACAUCUAAAAAGAUUUAAUAAUUCAAACCGAUGGUUAAGAACUAAAAUAGAUUCAUAUGUUUAUUAUCCCCAUAAAGAAAAUGAAUAUCUUGAUAUGACACCAUAUAUAUUAUCAGAUGGAUUAAAACAUAUGAAAAGUUUUGAUCCAACUUAUUUACCUUUAUAUGAAUUAAUAGGAGUUAAUUGCCAUACUGGAGGGUUGGGUGGAGGCCAUUACUUUGCUUAUGUUAAAUUAAAUGGACAAUGGUAUAAUUUUAAUGAUACAUAUGUUACAACAAUUGAUGAAUCUCAAAUUAACACAAAAAAUGCAUACCUUUUAUUUUAUCAACUUCAUACAUAUAAAAAUGAAAAGUUUACCGAUAUAGCUCAGCAUAGAAACAUAGCAGAAGAAGAGGCUAUUCGAAUGGCAAAUGCAAGUUACUAUAAUUAA